AUGAACCGACGCAGCUCCAAAUUCGCGGCCCAAGCGGCCUUCAACGGUCCUCAGCAUCUACUCACGUACCCGCAUCUUGGACCCGAGUUUGCGCACUGGCGCACUUACCAGCAGCUGCCAUCAAAAGUGCAGCAACAGUUUGGUCAUGCGAAUUCCGCGGCUGCUCCCCGCCCAGGGGAACAUGAUUGUGUCUUAUCCUACAUGGACGCGGGCAACCAGGACGACCUCACUUUCACUCAAGCCGUUAGAGAGCGCGGGUGGCGAGAUGGCAAGUGCGAUGGGGGAGAGACUGGGAGGAUGUUGCGCGGGGAUGCACGAACUGCCUCAUAG